AUGGGUUACCCUGAAACUUUCGAAGGCUAUGCCGUAACUGACACCAACCAAUGGAACACUGUUAAGAAGAUUGAAUUCAAGCCAAAGCCCUUUGGCCCAAAAGAUGUCGAUAUUAAGAUCAUUGCUUGCGGAGUUUGUGGAAGUGACGUCCACACCGUCAAUGCUGGCUGGGGCAAACCAGACUUGCCGGUAAUUCCUGGCCAUGAAAUUGUGGGUACUGUAGUCAAAGUUGGAGAAGAUGUUUCGUCGGAGUAUAAAGUAGGAGCCAGAGUCGGAGUUGGAGCUCAAGUUGGUGCUUGUUUGGAAUGUGAAACUUGCUUGGAAAAUAACGAGACAUACUGUCCGGACUGGGUAGACACAUACAACGAUUUUUACCCCGAUGGGUCCAAAACAUGGGGUGGAUACUCUUCUCACAUUAGAGUUCAUGAACAUUUUGUUUUCCCAAUUCCUGAAAAGUUACAAACAAACGAUGUGGCACCUAUGUUGUGUGCUGGGAUCACCACUUACUCGCCGUUGGUCAGAAAUGGAGCUGGUCCUGGUAAGAAGGUGGGGAUCAUUGGCAUUGGUGGUUUGGGUCAUUUUGCGAUCAUGUUUGCCAAAGCAUUGGGAGCUGAAGUUUACACUUUUUCCAGAACAAAUAGCAAGAAGGAAGAUGCCUUGAAAUUGGGUACAGACCACUUCAUUGCGACGUAUGAAGAAAAGGAUUGGGCCACCAAGUAUGCCAGAAAACUUGAUCUCAUUAUUUCUUGUGGUAACUCGUCGAAAAAUUUCGACUUGGAUGGGUAUCUCAAAUGUCUUCGUGUUCAUGGAAAAUUGGUCAGCGUGGGAUUGCCUGAAGAGCCAUUUACCGUCAGUCCUGCCACCUUCAUCAAGAACGGUUCUUUGCUCGGAUCUUCACACUUGGGGAAUAGACAAGAGAUGAUAGACAUGCUCAAGUUGGCAGCGGAAAAGGGAAUUAAGUCGUGGCACGAAGACUUGAAAGUUGGCGAGGAAGGAAUUUCCGAAGCAUUGAAAAGAUGUCACGACAAUGACGUCCACUAUAGGUUUGUCUUGACCGACUAUGACGCCAAGUUCGCGUGA